AUGAGUGCCAGUGAGAAGUGCAUUUGUCAGUUGUGCGAGUGCGGGUGAGUAGAGCAUAUGAGUAGGGUAACUUAUAUUGUAGUAUAUGACUAUGUGUUGUAACUGGAAAUCAACCUAAGAUGUUGUGAUGGUCAAGAAGUUCUUAGAAUCCUUAAAUUAGUAUUACUGUAUGUAAUGAGCUUUGUUUUAUUAUUGAAUUGUAUUUAUUUCUGACCGUAAUCCUGCUUUUACAGUAACCACAAAUGUCCUCACGAGAACUCUGGUCGCUUGGUAGGUGAAGAUGGGGUACCAAUUGGUGGUACUGAAUACAAAGAAACUUUUGUACACAAAAAUGGAGCUAGAGAACGAGGACAAAGGACUUUACAUACGAGUUUGGGAAGAGACGGGGUAAGGAUGUCAUGGAUAAUACAUAUUCAUACCUUUUCAAUUGAUCAUAUUACUUUUUACGUUAUAAAUUUAUGUUAUGCUUACAAAACGUACGAUAAAGUAAUAUAUUUGUUUUACAGAGUAAUAUUAAUUACUUUUAAAUUCUUCAUAUUAAAUAUUGUGUUACAGGACACAUCAUUGGAUCUGAACACGACACAUCGAUCAGACUUUACAGGUAAGAAGGCAGAGUUCGUACGAGCUGGCAGACCAGUAACCAAUCGUCGACCGCCUUCUGGAGCCUUCGAAGGCCAGACUACUCACAGAAACGACUUUCAACAAAAAGAAGUGAGUAACAUAAUAUAAUAGCCCAAUAAUAUAACAACUAUUUAUAGUAGGCUUUUGUAUUAAUUACUAGAAGAGUUAUAGUAAUUUAAUACUGUUACUUUCAUUUAGGCCAGCAGAACAACACCAUAUCGACCAGAAGUUACAGCAUUUAGAAAUACAGAACCCUUAGAUGGACUGACAGUCCAGCGACAAGACUUCAUUCCUUUGGAUCUGGGACAACGAUCUUUGGUCAGACGUCCAAUUAGCACCUCGAGGCACUUGUCUAGUCAGCCCUUCCAAGUGAGUCAACAACAGGUCUGAAAGUUUGUAGAACACGGAUUUCAACAGGUCUAAAAGUUCGUAGAACACAAAAUUAAGAAUUGUAUGGUAUUUUACUAGGUGGUCAGAAAGUUUGUAGAAAUUCAACUAGAUCGGUCAAAAGAUAAAUAGAAGUCUAAAAAUUAUUGUUUUAGGGAGUUACAGAACAUCGACAACAAUACGAUGGACGACGAGGAUCAGUUACACGAGCUCAUCGACCAGUAAGCGGUUACGUACCCAAUUCAGAGCCAUUAGAUGCUACAACAACAUACAAACAUGGCUUUACGGAGAAAAGGGGUAAGAACUUUAUAAUAUUUUAGCGUUUUACUUGUCGUUUGUUUAACAUGGUUUUUUACUACAUAUAGUACUUUAUAUCUGAUUGAUCGGUCAACAAAAGCUUACGACUUUCAGCCGACCGGUCGCUUCCUCACCGACCAGCCAAUGAAAGAGUCGAACCGACCGAUCCAUUCGAAGGGUACACGACUCAUAGACAAGAUUUCACUCAAAAGGACAACAGACCUUGUCCUGCUGGACGAGUCUUGGCCAGAGCGUAGGUUUUAUAUUGAUAUGGAGACUAGGCCAGACCUGAAUUAUGGGCCCGGCCCUUUUUUCCUAUUGCUCAGACUGUUCCGGCCUGUUCUCUAUUUUUAGUCCUACAGUAGGUUGUUCAAAUGAUUCUGUGCUCCCUUUUAAAACAAAUUUUCAAGGCUUGGGGACACAGAAUUAUUUUAACAACCUUAUAUUAUCUUAAGGCUUGUUUCUUCUUAAAAAAUUUUAAAAUUUGAAUUUUUUGUUUCCCGCCAAAUCUAAAUUUAAAUUUUUUACAGAUUCGAUAUUAAUUUUCGUAUUUUACAAACAGAAAAAUUAAUUUACUUUAUGUUUUACCUACUUUACAGUGAUCGAAACUACGAACAUGUCGCUCACAGGAACGGUCAUCGCUAUUACCGUCGUGUGGGGCUACAGAGCGGGCAGGGACGACAAAUGACUAGAGUGGGGUAA